UACGCGACAGUGUACGGCUGCUAACGCUGCUAACCAGCUCCUCCUGUCAUUUACCACUACAUUAUUGACCUGUAAGUUGUGUCACUGCAGUUUAAAAGGACAAACGUGCAUGUGGAGUUGUUUUCUUGAAAGGUUUGUUCACAUGUGCAGUUUUCAUCCCUCUGGAUGUUGAGUGUGCGGACUCUGUUUGGGAUCGGCGUCCUGGUGACCUCGCGAGCUGCUUCGGUCCUCGCUCAGACGAGGACAUGUCCACUGUCCACUGCAGCUAACAACCACAAGAGGGACUGUUUCAGCAGCAGACCAGCAUCCACCAUGGCCCAGACCAUUAGAUAUCUGGGGCAGGAGGAGGCCCAGCACAUCGACGAGGAGCUCUUCACUGAGUACGGCUUCAGCGUGGAUCAGCUGAUGGAGCUAGCUGGACUCAGCUGUGCCACAGCCAUCACACGGGCGUAUCCAGUCGCUUCUCUGGUGAAGGCCAGACCUUCUCUGCUGGUGAUUUGUGGACCAGGUAACAACGGAGGCGACGGCCUGGUCUGUGCCCGACACCUGAAACUCUUUGGUUACGAGCCAGCCGUCCUGUACCCGAAGAGGCCGAACAAACCGCUGUUCCACGGCCUGACUACACAGUGCCAGAAGAUGGAGAUCCCCUUCCUCACUGAGAUGCCUGAGGCCAAAGUGAUCGAUGAGGCUUACAACCUGGUGAUAGAUGCGAUCUUCGGCUUCAGUUUUAAGGGGGCUGUGCGAGAGCCUUUUGGUUCCAUCUUAUCUGUGCUGAAGAAGACCACAGUCCCCAUAGCAAGCAUCGACAUCCCCUCAGGUUGGGACGUGGAGCAGGGCGGCUCAGAUGGACUCCAGCCUGACAUGCUCAUCUCUCUCACUGCUCCCAAGAAAUCUGCCUCCUUGUUCAGGGGACGAUACCACUUCCUCGGAGGACGCUUCGUGCCACCUGGUCUGGAGAGGAAGUACCAGCUGAACCUGCCUCAGUACCCCGGCACGGACUGUGUGUUACAGCUGUAGGAGGUUUAGAUUUUAAUGGAGGUGUCUGUAGCUCCAGGAAGAGGAAAGGAAGAUUUCAACAUGUUGGAGAAAAAAACACUAAUCCACCCCACCUUCUUUCUAAGAGUUAGAUGAGGAUAUGGAGGAGAGGGUCACUAACUUAGCUUAACAUCAAAAAGACUAAAAUCAACCAGACUCUGAUCUGGUAGGUCAACUGUUUUCUCUUUAUUCCAGUCUUUAUGCUUAUGCUAAGCUAACGCCAUCGGCUGCUUUAGCUUCAGAUUGAGUGUGCAUACAUGAGAGGUAUCAAUCUUCUCAUCUAAGGCUACAUCCGCACUACUAUGUUUUCAUUUCACGAUCUCCAUCCAGGCUAACACACCUGAAAAUACAGACAUACACUGAGCAGGUGUGAGCCGGUGUAAACAGUAGGCAGAUUGUCUACUCUGCUGUUGAUUAGUUGCACAAAAUACUACAAACGAGGAACAGCAAAGUCAGUACCACUGGUAGUCGAGGAUAAUGAGAACCAAUCAGGAGAGUUCGUGGGUGUCUUUGUCAUCGUUUCCAAAGGUCUCAGUUUCAACACAGCCCCAGAGUUUUCAAAACUGGGUUAGCAGAAUUUCUGAAACUCGAAGCUCAAAAACCCUGGAGUCGAGUGAAUGGCUGGGGGAAAUGUAGGAAAAGAGAUUUUAUAACAAAACAUAGUAGUGUGGAUGUAGCCUAAAUCCUUAUUGUUGAACUGUUCCUUUAAACCAAUCAAAUCUAAAUGUGGUUGUGGGAGUGAGUUUAAGGCUCUGGAGGAAUUGUCUCCAUGUGAAAGAUUGAACAUAGCAGCUGCUUCAGCUACAUCAAAAAAAAAAUAAAAAAAAUAAACAUGA